UUACAGAUGCCUCUGGGAGCAAUUCAGGACUCCAGGAGGUCCUUCCAGAUGCAUUUGGAGAUUCAAACCCAGUAGUUUUCACCUGGAGCAUGUGAGCUCCCAGCAAAGCAGUUGAGCUGUGUGGUCACAGCUGGGACUUUGGCCAGGAGCUGACCGCAGUGAGAACCUGGGCAGACAACCUUUGUGUCACUGAGUGGUGUCACUGUGAGGUUAGAACGUGGAAGUUUUAUGUCCUUACAUAUGUAAGGAGUACUUGAAAUGAAAUAGAAACUCUUAAGGAGCGAGUGUGGCAACAGCAAGAGGCUGUUGUGUAACCCAGCUGUCUUUGCUAAUGUCAGGGUGCAUUGCUGGCCAGGAAUGAUUCUCCUUGGACUGGUAGAGCUUGUAGCAGACAGCCAUAAACCCUCAGUGGCAUGUGAGGACGGAGGUAAUUGUCUCCUGUGUGUGCAGGUUGUGGACAGCAGCAGACAUGGAGAGGCUGGUGGAGCGGCUGGAGAAGGCUGUGGAGCGCCUGGAGACCGUGUGCCAAGGCCCUGGCAUGUGUGGAGAUGGCUCUGCCAAAGGAGUGGCUCAGUACGUGCAGGCUUUUGAUGCCCUUCUGGCCGGGCCAGUGGCCGAGUACACCAAGAUCAGCAAAGAAGUCGGUGGGGAUGUGCAGAAACACGCUGAGAUGGUCCAUGCAGGUUUGAUGAGUGAGAGGGCUCUUCUGGUGGUGGCAUCUCAGCAUCAGCAGCCAGCAGAGAACGCGUUCUCAGAGCUGCUCAAACCCAUCUCGGAGCAGAUCCAGGCUGUGCAGAAUUUCAGGGAGAAGAACCGUGGUAGCAAACUGUUCAAUCACUUAUCAGCAGUCAGUGAGAGCAUUCCAGCCCUGGGCUGGGUGGCCAUGGCUCCAAAGCCUGGUCCUUAUGUGAAGGAAAUGACUGAUGCUGCCAUGUUUUACACCAACAGGAUCCUCAAGGAGUACAAGGACGUAGAUAAAAAACAAGUGGACUGGGUGAAAGCUUAUCUGAGCAUCUGGACAGAGCUGCAGGCCUACAUCAAAGAGUACCACACCACAGGGCUGACCUGGAGCAAAACAGGUCCUGUAGCCACAGCAGGGGCUAAAGCACCACCUCCUCCCCCAGCUGGGGUUGCACCCCCACCUCCAGGGCCUCCCCCUCCUCCUGCCCCCGUGAGCUCCAGCACAGACGACUCAGCCUCGCGCUCGGCGCUCUUCGCCCAGAUCAACCGGGGAGAAGGGAUCACCUCGGGCUUAAGGCACGUCUCAGAUGACAUGAAAACCCACAAGAAUCCAGCCCUGAAGAACCAAGGGGGCCCCGUGAGAAGCGGCCCCAAACCUUUCACUGCUCCCAAACCAGCCUGUAAUGCAAAUCCCUCCCCAAAGGCACCUCCAUUGCUAGAAUUAGAAGGCAAAAAGUGGAGAGUGGAAAACCAGGAGAAUGCCACUAACCUGGUCAUCAGUGACACAGAGUUGAAGCAGGUAGCAUAUGUGUUCAAGUGCACAAACAGUACACUCCAAAUCAAAGGCAAGAUCAACUCCAUCACCCUCGAUAACUGCAAGAAGCUGGGGCUGGUGUUUGAUGACGUGGUGGGCAUUGUAGAGAUCAUCAACAGCAGGGAUGUCAAAGUUCAGGUCAUGGGUAAAGUGCCAACAAUUUCCAUCAACAAGACAGAUGGGUGCCACGUGUACCUGAGCAAGAGCUCCCUCGACUGCGAGAUCGUCAGUGCCAAGUCCUCGGAGAUGAACGUCCUCAUCCCCAGCGAGGGGGGGGACUUUACUGAAUUCCCUGUCCCAGAACAGUUCAAGACAGUGUGGAACGGUCAGAAGUUGGUUACCACUGUGACAGAAAUUGCUGGCUAAGCUGAAAAGCUCCAAGGUUCAUGCCCUCCCCUGGCCCUGCUGUGGGACAAAUCUGCUUUCAGAUGAUUCUCUUAGAUUUCUUGUACCUUUCUGCUCUCAAACUGCUUCUCUUCUACCCGAGAGACACAGCUGCCUGCCAUCACUGAGAUUCCUCUGCCUGGGGCUCAGUGAUUGUCCACCUCUCUCAGCAGGAAGGUUUAUUUUUCUCUCCCCUUGUCCCAUCUAACUGCACCAAUCGAUCAGAGUCUCGGUGAACUUCACAGCCAGUCUUGGCAGUUGGCUUUCAGAGUGUUGUUUUUGUAAUUGCCUUUAAGCAAAACUGUUCAUGUGAGAGGAAUAUUGUUCCCUUUUUAACGAGUGACGGUGUCUGUCGGAGGCCACAGUACCCAGCUCCUAGGGCAGAUGUCUUGGCAAGGUCCUGGAAGCUCUCUGGAGCAGUUGGUGGCAUCACAGGACAUGGGAACGGUUUUUGUCGGACCAAAGGCUGAGGACCUGGGCCAAUUCCACCCUGAUUUCUCUUCCAUCAUUCCCACUAGCUCAGUGCAUUCCUGAUUGUGCCAUGACAGGAGGCUUUCAUUCCCCAGUGCCACAGGAAGGCUGCAGUGGUGUCACCACGGCCACCCAGCAGCCUGGAGCUGAGCACCUCUCAUUCCAUGAGCCCUCCACCUUCACAAGAGAACCUUUGCCCCAGGGCUUCCUUCUUGGAGCAGCUGAACUCAGGUUCAGUCUCCCAGGAUGGUUCUUCUGAACCUGUGUCCUUCCCCAGAGGAAGGGCUCCUCCAUUCCAGGUCAGUAGUGCAGAGUUGUAAAUACCCGAGUUGGAUCAAGUCGGUUCAUCACUCUCUCUCUUCUUCCUCAUCUGCAAUCAGCCCCCACUGAAUCCUCCCCUUUUUUUCCCCCCUGUUGCUUGGCUCUUUAUUUUGGUGGAAGCUCAUAGCCUCUGUUCCAGGGCCCUGGAGCAGAGUGAUGGAUCACACAGUACUGUACUGACCCAUAAAGGGAGCUGCACGUGCUUUGACCUUCAUUUUUCCAACGCCUCGGGUGGCAUAAGCAUAUCUUAAAUGCAUUUCUUCUGUAAAGUGUCAAUGUUCUUUUUCUCUAGUACAAAACUUACAAAAAAAAAAAAAAAAAAAAAAAUUAUGCAAUUUUUUUUUUUAUUUUGAAACUGUCCUGUGACUUGUACUUGUCUUCUCCUGAGGCUUGUGAAAAAACCUUUCUUAUGUACUUAAGAUUAUACAGAAGAUAGAAUAAAGUUAAUGCCAACUUGCUCAUUA